ACGUCGUCACUGCCAAAAUUCCCCCACAGCCUGUACGGACAAACAGAUUAGGCCACUCCAUUUACUUCCCCUCCCAUGUCAAAACACCAUUUCCAUCUCUCUCCGAUCAUUACCCCACUCUCUCUCCUCCAAAACCCCAACUCCAAAACCACCUCAAUCCUCACCGAUGUCGCCACGACCUUCUCUCUCCUCUUCCUCCACUAACCUCACCGACUCUCAGUCCAUUUCGUCUCCACCACCCUCCACCUCAUCUUCUCCCUCUUCCUCGUCCCCCGAUAUGUGGAACUACCUCUGGGUUCCUUUCUUAGUAGCUCUUUCAAAGGAACUCACUUCCGUCAAGGCUGAAUCGACGAUCCUCUUACCCACUGAGUCCAGUCCGAGUUGUCCCGCCCCGGACCCCAAGCUCAAUUACCGACCGGUCAUCGGAAUUGUAAGCCAUCCGGGAGAUGGCGCCUCCGGUCGGCUCAACAAUGCCACCAACGCUUCGUAUAUCGCCGCGUCGUACGUGAAGUUCGUCGAAUCGGCAGGUGCUAGGGUGAUUCCUCUUAUUUAUAAUGAGCCUCGCGAUGUUCUCUACAAAAAGCUUGAUAUGGUUAAUGGAGUUCUCUUCACUGGAGGGUGGGCUAAAAGUGGGCUCUACUUUGAAGUUAUUGAGGCAAUUUUUAAGAAAGUUUUGAAGAAGAAUGAUGCAGGGGACCAUUUCCCUUUACUGGCCAUCUGCUUAGGUUUUGAACUUUUAACAAUGAUCAUCAGCAAGGUAAGCUUUGUGCAAAUGGAAAUAACUGUUUGUGAUUGUUGUGUGCAUUUGCAGUUAUGCAGCUGUUUUCACUCAUUGUUGGUUCAGAUCACAUUUCUCUUUUUUUCUUCAACCUCCCACUCUAAGGCCAGUACCACCCCUUCUUGUGAACUGCCAUCCUAUUUUUAAGGUUUUGAUUGAUAAAUUUGUUGAUUAGGAUGAUAUAACUUGUUUCUGUUUAUAGGUACCUCAACAGAUAUGUGUGUUGAAAGGCUGAAAGUCUUUGGGGGGUAUCUGCUUUCUCAUGCAUGUAAUUUUAUUUAUGCAGUUUUUUUUUUUUUAAAUCUAUGAAAUAAAAGGAUAUAGCAUGAAAAUAUUAUUCCUUGGAGCAUGAUAAGAUUUGAUUUAGAGGGGGAUGACUAUACAUAAUUUAUUUCUUCUUUUUGUGUUGUUACUUGCCAAAUCAUUUUUUUGGGUGUAAUUAUUAGCAAUGCCAAGUUGGGUUGCAUUUAAUUCUUGAUUGUAUUUAUCCAUUUUUGGUGCAUAUAACCAUGAUUACUUUUUCAGAGAUGCAUUCCUCAUGGUAUUUUGAUUACCCUUCAUUUUGAUUGUAAGAUGUUGCCAUUUUCGUUAAUGAUUGUAGGACAAUAACAUUCUUGAACAAUUCAGUGCUACAGAUCAAGCAUCUACGCUCCAAUUUAUGAAAAAUAUUAGUAUUGAAGGAUCAGUGUUUCAAAGAUUUCCUCCUGAUUUGCUCAGAAAGUUGAGUACUGAUUGCCUUGUGAUGCAAAAUCAUCAUUAUGGUAUAUCACCAGAAAGGUUUCAAGAGAAUAUGAAUCUAUGCAGUUUCUUUAAGAUCUUAACAACUAGUGUUGAUGAAGGCAACAAGGUAUUCUGUGUAACAGUUCGGAUAUGAUCAUUGGUUCAGGU